AUGUACAGUAAGAGAUGCUAUAUAUAUGAGAUUGAUAAUGAAUAUGAGAGGCAUGUGGUUAACCUUACAAGAAAGUGUUGUACUUGUAGAGUUUGGGAUUUGACAAGAAUCCCAUGUAAGCAUGGUGUUGCAGCAAUCUAUAAAAACUUGGAGAGGCCUGAAGAUUAUGUGCAUGCAUGCUUUAGAAAGGAUGCCUAUGUGGCUGCAUAUAAGGAGAUGAUUACCCCACUGCCUGGCCAAGAUGAAUGGGUUGAAACCAACCUUCCUACCUCUGUUACUCCAAUUGUGUACAAGCCUGCAGGCAGGCCACCAAUGAAAAGGAAGAAAGAUGCAGAUGAGCCAAACAACCCAUACAAAGUUUCUAGGUCAUAUAGACCUAUAAAAUGUGGGUUUUGCCAUCAGAAUGAGCAUAAUUCAAGGAGGUGUAAGGCUGGAAUAACUGGUGAGAUACCAUGGCAAAGGAGGCAGAGACUUGAAAGGGACAAGGAACAAGCAGCCAACUAG